AUGCGGGAAAGGUUUAUCUUUCGCCUCAUGCAGGUGCUCUCCGGGCAUGGAUGCUUUGGAGAGUACCUGCACCGGAUGAGGCGGGAGCCGACACCGCAGUAUCACCACUGCGGCGAGGAGGUGGACACGGCGUGGCAUACACUCGAGAAGUGUCCGGCAUGGGCCGCGCCGCGCCGUGCCCUAAGAGUCGUAGAUAUCGAAUUUCCAAUGAAAUUGAACCAAAUUAAAAAGUUUGAACACGUCAACAACAUCUCCAUCAACGUCUACACCACUGAAGAGAAGAAGGUUCUGCCGAUACGGCUCGCCACACGGAAGAUGGAGAGACACGUCAAUUUGCUGUAUUUAGAAGGAGCAAACGGCGUUGGACAUUUCGCGUAGAUCAAAAACUUGUCUCGCCUCGUGAGCUCACAAUUGAGUAAAAAGAAUCAUCGAAAAUACUUUUGCGAUAGAUGCUUGCACUACUUUAGUUCGAGUGAGAAGCUAGAAGCUCACACCGUAGAUUGCGAGAAGAUGAACGAAUGCGCAAUCGUAUUACCAGAUGAUGAAAGCAAGUGGCUUAGCUUCGACUACUACAUCCGGAAAGAGUGACAUCCAUUUGUGGUGUACGCCGACCUCGAGUGCAUUCUGGAGAAAACUGAUCGAGAAGCACCAAGAUCCACGUACCAGCAUCAUAAAGUAUUUAGUAUUGCAUAUUAUGUUCAAUGCGCGUACGAGUCGUCCUUGUCGGUAUACCAAUGUCGUCGUGAUGCGAAUUGUGUUUCCUGGUUCGUCGAAGAAUUAAAGAAUUUGGCACAUUUUGUUAAAUCAAUUUGAUCAAAUAACAUACAAAUGGAUGAUUUAACGAGCGAACAGUAGGAGACAUUUCGCAACGCGACGCAUUGUCACAUUUGCGAAAAACCGUUUGGAGAAAACGAUACGAGGGUUCGCGAUCAUUGCCAUCUAACCGGUCGGUACAGAGGUCCCGCGCAUUCCAAUUGUAAUCUAAAUUAUAAAAACUCUUUUUGCAUUCCUAUAGUCUUUUAUAAU